AUGAUCUCCCACACGGAUCAGAAGGAGGAACUGUGGUUCUCCCACCUCCGCGCCUGCGAAGGGAAGAGUGUUCUGAGGGGCACCUGUGCAGCUGAAGAUGGGAUUGUGAGCAAGAAAGAGGAAAACGCCCACCAAGGCAUCCCUGGGCCAGUGGAGCCUGGGGAUUUACUCUCAGGUCUCUCCAAGGAGAACAGUUCCCAGAGGCCUGCACAGGACCCAGUCCUCCCACGCAGGUCAGAAAGGGUUCAGAGACCUCUGGGGAAGAGGCAAAGCCGAGUGACGUUGCGUGGAAAAAGUUUCAGGAGGCUGCCAGAUACUAUCCAGCAGAGAAAUCCUUCUGUGGGAAGACUGACGAUAUGUGGGGACUGCGGGAAGAGCUUCCGGGUGAGCUCCAACCUCAUCCAACAUCGAAGGAUCCACACUGGAGAGAAACCCUUCGCCUGUGCUGAGUGCGGGGACAGUUUCCGGCAGCGGUCGCACCUCAUCCAGCACCAGAGAAUCCACACAGGGGAGAGGCCCUACGAGUGCUCCGAGUGCGGAAAGAGCUUCAGCAUGAGCUCGAAGCUUAUCCGGCACCAGGUAACCCACACCGGGGAGAAGCCCUACAAGUGUGCCGAGUGUGGGAAGAGCUUCUCCGGGAACUCGCAGCUUGUCCAGCACCAGCGAGUGCACACCGGGGAGAAACCCUACGAGUGCAGCGACUGCGGGAAGAGCUUCAGUGUGAGCUCAGCCCUGACGCGACACCAGCGGGUCCACACCGGGGAGAAACCCUAUGAGUGUGCGGAGUGCGGGAAGAGCUUCAGUCAGAGCUCGGAGCUCCUAAAGCACCAGCGGGUCCACACCGGGGAGAAGCCCUACGAGUGCUCCGAAUGUGGGAAGAGCUUCACCGUGAGUUCAGCCCUCAUCCAACACCGGCGGUUCCACAUGGGCGAACGCCCCUAUGGGUGCACUGAGUGUGGAAAGAGCUUCACCGUGAGCUCCCACCUCAUCCAGCACCGGCGCUUCCACACCGGGGAGCGCCCCUUCGAGUGCACCGAGUGCGGGAAGAGCUUCCUGUGGAGAUCAGCCCUGCUCCGGCACCACCGGGUCCACACUGGGGAGAGGCCCUACGCCUGCGCUGACUGCGGGGACAGCUUUCGGCAGAGCGCCCACCUCAUCCAGCACCGGCGCAUCCACACCGGGGAGCGGCCCUACGCCUGUGCUGACUGCGGGAAGGGCUUCACUGUGAGCUCCGCGCUCCUCCGGCACCAGCAGAUCCACAGGGGUGGGAAGCCGUAG